UUUGUUGGCUUGUUCUUUUCCUGUCUCUGUUAAUGCAGCUACUAGUUUCGGGAAACAUUUUUCUAAGUUGUCAGAAUGCCUCUUCUUUACAAAGGGAUAUUUUCAGCUAAGGAGCCAGUAUAAUUCCUGCUUGCAUUACUACAUACACAAGUUAAAGUACAUGAUUAAGAAGGAAAUAGUUGAAGAGGACUGAGGCACUGCUGAAGAAGCUUUGAAAAUUGUUACAUUUUCCAUCUGUUAGAAGGUAAAUUAAAAAACUGAAAAAACACUGCUUCAAUAAAAAGUGAAACACAAAGAAAGAUUUAUGUCAACAAGGACAGUAAAAAGAAUUUCAGAAGAUGCCUGACCCUGCAGCUCACUUGCCAUAUUACUAUGGCUGUAUAAACCGUUCUGAGGCUGAGGAACAUCUGAAACUUGGUGGUAUGGCUGACGGACUAUUCCUUUUGCGACAAUGUCUGCGUAACCUUGGAGGCUUUGUUCUGUCAGUAGUAUGUGAUGUGAAGUUUCAUCAUUAUCCUGUUGAACGGCAGUUGAAUGGAACUUAUGCCAUCAGUGGUGGAAAGCCACAUUGUGGGCCAGAAGAACUAUGUGAAUUUUAUGCAAGAGAUGCAGAUGGCCUUUGCUGCCCACUGCGAAAACCCUGCAAUCGUCCAGCUGGUCUAGAACCUAAGCCCGGAGUAUUCGAUAAUAUCAGAGAGAACAUGUUAAGGGAAUAUGUCAGGCAAACAUGGAACCUGGAGGGCGAUGCUCUGGACCAAGCUAUUAUCAGUCAAGCUCCACAGUUAGAAAAGCUGAUUGCGACCACUGCGCAUGAACAAAUGGCUUGGUACCAUGGUGCCAUUUCACGUGAGGAAGCUGAACGAAGACUAUAUUCUGGGUCACAGCCUGACGGCAAGUUCUUAAUAAGAGAAAGAAAUGAAUCUGGAACAUAUGCCCUCUCCAUGAUCUAUGGGAAGACGGCCUACCAUUACAAGAUUGACAUGGAUAAAUCAGGCAAAUAUUCAAUCCCUGAGGGCUCAAAGUUUGACACUCUCUGGCAGCUUGUUGAGUAUUUGAAAAUCAAAUCGGAUGGAGUGAUGUACAUUUUACGAGAAGCAUGUCCCAGUCCAGGAGUUUCAUAUGGUACUGCUGCUGUGGUCCCACCACCACGUCCUAUGAGUGUGAUGUCUACUGGAGACAGUGGUUACACUCCAGAACCUAUAAAAAUUGGAAUGCAAAGUGAAGGAAAGAGGCUUCUACCAAUGGACACACAAGUGUAUGAAAGCCCUUACAGUGAUCCUGAGGAAUUGAAGGCAAAGAAGCUCUUCCUUAAUCGAGAUCAUCUAAUUAUUGAUGAAGUUGAGCUGGGAUCAGGAAACUUCGGAUGCGUAAAGAAAGGUGUUUUCAAGAUGAAAAAAAAGCAAAUCGAUGUUGCUAUCAAGAUGCUGAAGAGUGAGAAUGAGAAAUCAGUGAAGGAUGAGAUGAUGAAGGAGGCAAAGAUUAUGCAUCAGCUGGAUAACCCCUAUAUUGUGCGAAUGAUUGGCCUGUGUGACGCUGAGGCACUAAUGCUGAUAAUGGAGAUGGCUAGCGAAGGACCACUUAAUAAGUUCCUCUCAUCAAGAAGGGAACAGAUUAAGGUGGAAAAUAUAGUAGAACUCAUGCAUCAGGUAUCCAUGGGCAUGAAGUAUUUGGAAGAGAAAAACUUUGUCCACAGGGAUUUGGCAGCCAGGAAUGUGCUGUUGGUGAACAUACAUUAUGCCAAGAUCAGUGAUUUUGGACUUUCAAAGGCUCUGGGUGCUGAUGACAGUUACUACAAGGCAAGAACAGCAGGGAAGUGGCCACUAAAGUGGUAUGCACCAGAAUGUAUUAAUUUCCGUAAAUUUUCAAGCAAGAGUGAUGUCUGGAGUUAUGGUGUGACCAUGUGGGAGGCAUUUAGCUAUGGACAGAAGCCAUACAAGAAAAUGAAAGGACUUGAGGUUGUUGAGUAUAUUGAGAGUGGAAAAAGAAUGGACAGCCCCCCAGAUUGUCCUGAAGAAAUGUAUAAACUGAUGAUGGACUGCUGGACACACAGCUUUGAACUGAGACCAGCAUUCACUGACGUUGAACAACGCAUGCGAUGUUACUACUACAGUUUGGCUAACAAAUCAGAGAAAUCUGAAAAAUCAGAGAUAUUACCUGAAAAAUAACAAAUUAUAUCCAAGACAUCCUACCUGAAUUGAGGCAGUGUAUUUUAACAUCUAAUCCAAGCUUUUAUUUUGAAAUUAUAGUUAUUUAAUAAAGUAAACGUUUUUUAUA